GGCCACAUGCCUACAGUAAAAUGAAAAUAAUCAAUUUGAAAGAAUAUUGUAAAUAUGGGAAUCAGAAAGCAUCUGUAAACGAUAACUUAGUACAUAAGUACUAGUCGAGGACGCGUCGACACUACAAACAUUUAGUGUGAGAGGCUGUGAAAGACUUCGAUAUUUUGUAUUUUAUUGUUUGUAAAAAAUCAUUUCUUAAUGACAAUAUAUAACGAGAUAAUGAGGGUCUUAAAUGAUGUCAUACUCCGGAUCAAUGUUCUUAGCUAUCGUCAGAAGUUUCGUUAUCGGCUUAUAGUAAUUAUCUUAAUAGCGAAAGUUCAUAAAACUGUCAUUUUAAGAACGGUUUAAAAAUUUAUCCACAAAAUUAAAACUGUGCUAGUUACUUUCAGUUUAUUUAUUCUCUUUGCUUGUCUCUUGUGUCACUUUAGUAAGAAAGACUGUAAAAAUGUUCCACCAACAUAUAUUUGUUGUUUUGCUAACUGUCACAUGUGUUGAGACGUUAUUCAUAGAAAGAAAAUUAUACGGAGAUGUCAUUACAAAUAUAAGUAAAGAUGAAUGUAAGAUUAGUGAAAACACAGAAUGGGAAAAAGAUAUAUGUACAUGUGAAAGAGGAUAUGAAACAGCAAUUGUUGUGGAGAAUAAGGUUAAAUGUAAAAACAGAAGUGAAAUUUUAAAAUCAUAUGGUUCCUCACGCUGUACCGUAUUUGGACAUAAUACAGAUGGAACCAGGAUUGUUGUUGUUCGUUAUGAUGGUGUUUUUGUCCUAAAAAAGAAACAGAAAAUAUUAGAAAAGUGUCCAGGGAAACACGGUACCAAAAUUGAAUUAAUAUAUCCACAAAAAAAAGUCAUUUCUAUGAACUGGACUUUUCAUUCUUCAAACGAUUAUCCGUAUGUGAAAUUUAAAAGUAUCGACCAUAAAUAUUCUGGUUACUUGUUCAGAAUUAAUGGUGUGUGUAAUGAAAUAUGCAUUGUUGCGAAAUUUAAUAAAUCAGUACUUAUUAACACAACAACAACAACAAAAACAACAACAACAACAACAACAACAACAACAACAACAACAACAACAACAGCGCUAAAAACAACAAAAAAUUCAACUUUUGUGACUGACAAACACAACAGCAGCUCCAUUGAUAUACCAUUAUUAGUUGGUAUAGUAAUCGCAGCAUUGAUUCUCAUUCUUGUGGUAUUAAGCAUCAUAUUUGCCAUAAGACAAUGUAGAAGACCAAAGAUCAAGGAGAAAAAAAAUCCACAGCCACCAGUGAUGGCAAAUCCAGAAUAUGAUUAUGUCAUAUCAACAGCUGCAAAGAGCUUGAUAUCCAGCGACACGAUACAUCAGACGGCGACAUAUUCACCAAUGUAUGACAUUCCGAAAACUAAAGAACUACCCAAAAAAGACCAACCUGAACCGGUAUACUUUGAAACAGAACCAGAAUACGAUGAUGCAAUAUAUGCUCAGGAAAAGUUAGAAGAAUAUCUUGCAGCAAAACGUCCUGUUUAUGCAAAAAUAAACAAAAUAGAUAACACAGAAACAUUUGCCUUGAAGUAAAGCAAAGUAUUUAUUAAAUAAAGAAUUAUAAAAAGUUUAGGAGAAGGUUUUGUAACUUUCUUUCCUUUUUUCUUUUCUUUAACAAAACAAGUUAUAAAAACGUGAAAAGACAUCAUUGCAUAGAAAAGUUGAUGUUAUCAGUUAUUAAAAUACGCUUUUAAAUCUGCCCAAAACAGUUUGUUGUUCUUCUAAAUAAUGAGAUUUUUCUAGUCCAACUACCUCUGGCUUGCAUUUGCUUGCUCCCGUGCUUUCAUUAUUGCUAGGUUCGUCGUGCCAGGACAUCGUAUUCAGCAUAGAUAUCGUAUUCAGCUUAGAUUCACUGGCGUAUUUAGCAACGUAUAUGUAUUUUCUACGUGUAUAUAGAGGAGAGGAGGAAUACCGAAGACGAGUCGUUAUGUGUUGCAUAGUCGAACUCGCGAAGAUAUAUAUUUACACAGAAAUGGCAGACGUGUUUUUAUCCCUUCUUUGAUACAUCUCUAUUUCCCUCUGUAAGUGCCUUUAUUUUUCAUAAGAUGUACCAUAACAUGUACCAGGUUUAGCAUUAUAUCAAAAAGGCCCAUUUUGAGGUUCCUAUUUUAUUGUAAAAACUUAU